UUAUAGUCGUGAAAGGAAGCAGAAGGUUAUCUCCUGUUGUUUGUGUUGACAAGUACCUUGGGGAAAAGUUUAAUAUUUGAACAAAUGGCAGGAACAAAAUUAUUGAACUUCAACGUUGGAGUCCUUGGUCACGUUGACAGCGGAAAAACAUCUCUUGCCAAGGCACUCAGCACCACAGCAUCUACUGCCGCUUUUGAUAAGAAUCCACAAAGUAAGGAGAGAGGAAUCACCUUGGAUCUUGGAUUUUCUUCAUUCUCUGUUGAUGUUCCUGAUCAUAUAUCAACCAGUGAUUAUAACAAACUACAGUUCACCUUAGUUGAUUGUCCAGGCCAUGCCUCUCUGAUAAAGACCAUCAUUGGGGGAGCACAGAUCAUCGAUCUCAUGAUGUUAGUCAUAGAUGUUACAAAGGGAAUGCAAACACAAUCAGCAGAGUGUCUGGUGAUAGGUCAGAUUGCUUGUGAGAAGAUGUUUGUUGUCCUUAAUAAAGUAGAUCUCCUCCCACCAGAAAAGAAGAAGCAGCAAAUAGAGAAGAUGACUAAAAGAAUGCUGAAGACUUUGGAGCCUACCAAGUUUGCCAAUUGUCCUGUGAUUGCUGUAGCAGCUAAACCAGGUGGACCCGAUGCACCAGAUGAAGGAGCGGAAGGAAUACAAACACUCAUUGAGGAGUUGAAGCGACAGACGUACAUCCCGAAGCGUGAUUCCUCUGGUCCCUUUCUGUACUCAGUUGACCAUUGUUUUGGUAUUAGAGGUCAAGGUACUGUCAUGACUGGUACAGUACUCAGUGGCAAAGUCAACAUCAGUGAUAAUGUUGAAGUACCAUCACUUCAGAUUACUCGUAAAGUUAAAUCUAUGCAGAUGUUUCGUAAACCGGUCAAUACAGCUAUCCAGGGUGAUCGUGUGGCUCUUUGUGUUACUCAGUUUGAUCCAAAGCUCUUGGAGAGGGGAUUAGUCUCUGCUCCAGGGAUACUACCAAUAAUAACUGCUGCCAUUGUAUCAGUACACAGGAUACCAUACUUCAAAGGGACCUGUGCAACAAAGGCAAAAUUUCAUGUAACAAUGGGCCAUGAGACCGUAAUGUGUAAGGUAUCAUUCUUUGGACCUGCUCCAGGUCAUCAAUAUCAACCACAUGAUCAAGCUUCAGAGUUCAACUUUGAAUCAGAAUACCUAUAUGAAGAAGAACUGUACACAGCUGAUAGGAUCAAAGAGGAGCAGAACAAGGAGAACAUUCCAGGAGCCGCCAGUGAAGGAGACAAGGAGUCCUUGCCAGCUCAGCAGUGGGCCUUGCUAGAAUUUGAAAAGCCAGUAGCCUGUCCAAGGAAUUGUUUGGUCAUUGGCUCCAAAUUAGAUACAGAUAUUCAUGCCAAUACUUGUAGAUUAGCAUUCCACGGGAAACUAUUAAAUGCAAUAACAGACAAGAAUUAUGUUGAAACAGUACUACCUAAACUGAAGAUCUAUAAAACUAAACAAAGAGAAGGACUUGUAGACAGAAUGACUGAUGAGUAUUGUGUAAUUGGGAGAUCAUUGUUCAAGAAGGAAACCAACCUACAAACCUUUACUGGUCUCAAGGUUCAACUCUCAACUGGCGAGGAGGGUAUUAUAGAGGGAGGAUUCGGACAGAGUGGAAAAUUCAAAGUCAGGAUACCAAAUGGAUUACAAUCAGAAACAGUGCAGAUGCUCAGUGCAUUAGGUGGAAAGAAGAAAGGAAAGAAAGCCAAAGCAGAAUCUAGCCAAGAACCAAGUGCAGCCAAAGAUUCACAUGAAGAUCAUCAACCAAUCAAAAUCAGCCUGAGAUUCAAGAGAUACAUUUAUGAUGCAAAGAAACAGAUGAUUCAGAAGUGACAUCGGUUUAUCAGUUAUUUAAAGACUUUGCUAGACUUGAAGACAAGACUUGAUGGAUGACAAUGAAGAUUGUGGGCUAAUGAACAAACUUGCUCCCCACAAACAUACAAGCUGUUAAUGAAGAACUGAUGAUAGUUCAUUGGUACUGUAAUUUAGAACUACAUGUAUAACCAGCUUCCCAUCUUUCUUGCCUAGUCUUAUCCACUGGAUUUACCGUGUUGUGCCGCACUUAAACAACAGUCCAACUUUGAUGAUUUGAUUUAAGUGAGAGCAGAAAAAUAAGAAAAACAGAUGAGUAAAAAGAUUGAAAAAUAAGGUAACUAAAUCUGUGCAAAUCUCACAUUGAUAAUGUAUGUAGACUAUUUCUUUUCCCCCUUUUUACUCUUUAUUAUUAUUUUUAUUUCACUUCUCAGUGCCUUGGUCUUCAGAGUAGAAUCCUAAUUAUGUUAUAGAAGAAGUUAUAUUACUCAUUGGCACAGCUUCUCUGAAUUUUUCAUCUUUCUGUAUGACUCGGUCCCUCAGUUGGCUUUCUCCUGAGACAAUGAACAUCUCAGAGCCUUUAUUUUUCAAUAAAUUGUCUCAUUUGAAUAUGCCAACAAUGUCAUUAUUUUUAACUUGUCAAUCAUGAUUUUAACUUUAAAAAAUUGCCCACCAGUUUACCUGUGAAUUAAUUGUUACUUGUAUUCCAUUAAACCCUCUAUUACAUCUCUGCAACGGAAAAUGUUGCCACUGUAUGUUCUUCACAAUAGUUUGAGACUAACUGUAUGAUACUCAAUUUGAUUUCUGUGAUGUGUUGAAAACGAUAUUAUAUUGUUGGUUUUCAAGAAAAAAAAUUGAAAAAUGUUAACCAUGAUUUCAUUAACCUUACAGAAAUGAACAACAAAAAAAAGUUUUUACAUUACAGAGAUCAAAUUGCCAUUAUUUUCUUUUAAUGAAUGAUAUUGCUAACUCUACAUAACCUUUAUGAAUUCAGUAUUUAAUUAUUUCUUAAGUGACGAAGCUAGGUUUGAUAUGAACCCAAUAUUCGUUUCUAAGAAAUAUAUUCAUAAAAUAUAAAUGACAUCAAUUGGAGGCAUUUUGAAUCAGUGUGUAUUUCCCUGGUAUGGAGUUGGAUUCCUGCUAUACCACUUGCACUCCUUGAUGAGUCAUAAAUCUUUUCAACCCAGUAAGACACAUCAGUCGAUGCUAUGGUAGCUCCAGUUAUGUCUUUAAACUAUAUUCCUAUAUAUUAUUUUAUGAUCGUCAUACUCAUGUUUGUCAAAGAAAACUAUGAAAUUGCACAGUGAUACUUUGCAUGAAAUUAUUUUGAAAUACAUGGUAUUUUAUUUGUGAUUUUUACAAAAAAAGUAUAUUAUACUAUAUGAUAGUAACAAGAA